UUGUGUGUUGUGUGUGUGUUUUAAUUUUUUUUAUUUAAUGAAUUCAUGCCAAGUGCGAUUCGCGAGCUGAUCAUUCUUUUAAUUCGAAUGCUGCAUGUGCUGGUUGAAUCGGUUCACAAAAUUGAGCUGCUCUCAAGUCAUGAUGAAACGAUAACUAAUGAGUGAUUUGAGAGUAAAUGUGUAUUCCUGUAGCUGUACUGCUAAAAUAUAUUCACUGAAUGGCAGCAUUUCCUAAAUGCACAGCAGCAUCAGUGUGUAUGCUUGUGGGUGUAGUUAAAGUAGCUGCAGUAUUUACUCCAGACCAUCAGGGGGCGGAGGCGCAUCAGCGCUCUCUCUGAGCCCGAGAGAACGCGAGCCAUCCGCGGAUGUUUUUAAGUAGGCUGAGGUUACCUAGCAGUGAAAUCCAAUCCACGCUUACCUGUAACGGACAGUCAUCUUGAUCCGUUAGGUUUGUUUGUUCUUACAUAUAAUUCCUUUGGUCGAAACAAGCGAUGUCAGGCGGCUGCGGGCGGAAUCCUCCUCCUUUCCCUGAUGAUGAAGAUCAGGAGCGGGCAGAAUUAGACACUCAAGUGCUGGACAGCGACGAGGAUGAUGAAGAUGAUGAAGGCGAGGACAUAUUCACCGGCGCGAGGAGUAAAGCGAUCACACCCACCUCAGCUCCUGAUGAAGGCGAUAUCUUCAGUGAGGAGGGCUCGUACGUCAGGAGCGAUGUCCAUCACACCACUAAUGGCCUUCACUCUGAUGAAGAGCUGGAUCUGUUCACUGAGGCCACUGUAGAGCUGACACUCACUAACACCACCAGUCAAGGCAGGAGAGAGAUUAUUGGCCCGACCGUAUCGGCUUGCAACACCACACAUGUCCCUAAUUCCAUACUCAAACCCAGCAUUGUCACCAAGACCAUGGAGGAGUUGAAGGAGGAAGAGAGUGGAGACCAGUUUGAACUGAACAUUGCAGUCACUAAUCCAGAGAAAAUUGGAGAUGGCAUGAAUGCCUACAUGUCUUACAAAGUGUCGACACAGACUACGCUGCCCAUGUUCCUUAAUAAGACGUUCUCCGUACGUCGACGUUUCAGUGAUUUUCUGGGACUUUAUGAGAAGAUAUCGGCCAAACACUCUCUGCUGGGCUGCAUCAUUCCACCUCCACCUCAGAAGAGUGUAGUUGGGAUGACUAAAGUGAAGGUAGGGAAGGAGGAUUCAUCCUCAGCGGAGUUUGUGGAAAAGAGACGAGCAGCACUGGAGAGGUAUCUACAGAGAGUAGUGGCUCAUCCAUCUCUGUUGCAGGACCCGGAUGUUCGAGAGUUUUUAGAGAGAGAUGAGUUGCCCAGGGCAGUGAAUACUCAGGCUUUGAGUGGACCUGGCCUCCUAAAGAUGAUAAACAGAGUGUCGGAUGCAGUGAAUAAGAUGACCAUUAAAAUUAAUGAAUCAGAUAAUUGGUUUGAGAGUAAGCUGCAGGAAGUGGAGAAUGAGGAGCAGCUGCUGAGGAGGCUCCAUGCUGCUGUCGACUCAUUAGUAAACCACAGGAAAGAGUUGUGUAGUAACACAGUGGUGUUUAGUAAGAGUGUGGCCAUGCUGGGCAGUGUGGAGGAGAACUCUGCGUUAUCUCGUGCGCUGUCACAGCUGGCGGAAGUGGAGGAUAAGAUGGAGCAGCUGCAUCAGCAACAGGCCUUCAGCGAUUUCUUCAUCCUCGCUGAGCUCCUGGCCGACUACGUCAGACUGCUGGGGGCCGUGAGGUGCUGUUUUGAGCAGAGGAUGAAAGUGUGGCAGCGUUUGCAGGAGGCUCAGAGCACAUUGCAGAAGAAACGGGAGGCUGAGGCCAAACUGCUUUGGGCGAACAAACCCGAGAAGCUGCAGCAGGCUAAAGAUGACAUAAAUGAGUGGGAGUCUAAAGUCAGUCAGUAUGAGAGAGAUUUCGAAAGAGUCACCUGUACUGUGCGCAAAGAAGUGCUCAGAUUUGAGAAAGAGAAAGCCAGAGAUUUCAAACAGCACAUAGUGAAAUACCUGGAGUCCCUGCUUCACACACAGCAUAGGCUGGUGAAGUGUUGGGAGGCCUUCCUGCCUGAGGCCAAAGCCAUCGCUUGAUCAGAGCCUUGCCUCACACGCUCCUAACCUUUGACCUUGACAACAGACAAUCAACAGUUCUCUCUUCCUAUUUCCUUUGCUCUCUGUGUGUGAAAUAACAUUGUACAUCUUAAUACUCGUUCAUCGAUAAGCAGAUCCCCAGAUUGUGAUGGUAAACCUGUGCAGUGACACAACUGAAUGUUGAGUGUAGAGGUUAAAGGGCAGAGCGGCAUUAAAAAAGAACAGCUGUGUGUGAGGUGCAGCAAGAAUAUUUUUUUAUGUGUGCACGUAUGUGUGUGUGUGUGUGUUCGGUGUUAUCCUUAAGGUUUUUAAUGGUGCUUGGCCUGUGUAAUGUUUCAGUAGAGACAUUAAAGAUUGUAAUCCAUUCCAGAUAAUAGAGAGAAACCCUUGAGAUGUUCGCAAGGCACUCAACUCAGCCUGAUGUUGCACCACAUUCUUAAAUUGAUAGCAAAGUCAGAGUAUGAUAUAGAAAAAAAAAAGAUUCACAGACUAUGAAGGGAAAAUGUUUGGUGUCUUUUGAAUGAAGUCCCAUAUUUUGUGUUGAUAGUUUUAACUGAAUUUGUAUGUUCUCAAACAGUUGCACUGAUCUGGACUGGUCCAGAUAAAGGUCUACUUGCAGUAUAGGUGUCCAAACAUUUCUAUUAAAAAUUCUAAAAGAACUUGUUAAAACAUACAUUACAAAAAAAGUUUAAUUAAUUUUAGGAGAAUGUGUAAAAACAUUUGUACUGUGGAUGCUUUGUCUUUAACAUUUAUGCACCGCUGGUGUAUUCAUGAUAUCACAAUACCUUGCAGAAACUGGGGCUUCAUUUAUAAAAUGCAUUUAUGAUCAGAUUUGCUCCUCAAUUCCAUGAAUUUGAUUCUAUGUCAAAAGUAAGGAACAUUGGGAUUUAACAUUGGGAAAAAGCAUGUGUAUGAACUUCUUGUGCUCAUAUACCAGUAAUUAAACUCGAUUAAGAACAUGUAAAGAUAAAUAGGCACAUUAUGCAUUUAUAUUCACAAAUUAGCAAUAUUUUAACUGCUUUGUGAUGAUUGUCACUGCAAUUAGCGAAUUAUAUAAUAAUAUAGCCAUGAAGUGGUAUUAGUGUGCAUACUGUCAGUGUAGUUGAUGUACUUCUUCACAUUGCACAUGAACUGUGAUUUAUUAAGUUAUGCAUUUAGGGACAUUUUUGUGCAUACAGACAUUUUAUAAAUUGUUCAUAUGAACAUUUCAGAAACUUUUGUAUAUUCACACAUCACUAGAUCAUUCUACGCAUGUCUAUAAAUGGGGCCCCAGGACCUUAAAUGGCAUGGAUAUUGAGGGGACACCCCCAUAUUCAAAGCAAAGGUCCAUUAAUGUUUUUUAAAGCCAGAUUUACACCAAUAAUGAAUUUUGCGUUAUAUGUUCUUGGUAAAAACAUGUUGGUUUGAAGCUCUUU